GUCAUUUAAAACUUGGAUCAAAAAGACUUCCUCAUAUUCUCACUUCCGAUAUUAAAUGGACUUAUGCGAUUAAUAACCCUCAACCUUCGCAUGCUUCAACUAUCGGGAAAGCGUCUUCACAAGAAGAUUUUGAUACAGAACUUGAUAAUAUUAAAGAAAAAUAUGCUACAUUAUCUUACUUGCCUCAAAAAAGACAAAGAAUUAAUAUGCAAAAUUCAUCUCUUAACAAACCUUCAAGUGAUAAAACUACAUCCCUAGGUUUUGCUGAAGCUAUUAGUACAGAACCUAACACUGAAACCCCUAUUCACCUUGUGCCUCAUGUAAAUGAAAAUACAAUGUUUACUGAUGAUAAUGAUUCUACCAAACUCGCAUAUACUAAUACUCCUGUUCCUCAAAAUGAAAAACUUGAUAAUAAUAGAAAGCGUUUAAGGCCGCUUUUACUUGCAAAAAAAUAG